AGUGACCACAUCUGGCGGAAGAAAGAAAAAAUGUAGUUAUUGAAUCCAAUCCAGUGUUUGCAUCUCUCACAUUAUCAACAAAAGUAGUCAAGAAGGUUCCGGUCAGCCCUAAGAACACAUGGAUAUAGAAGGAGCCACAUGAAGAUGGAGAAAUCAAGGCACAGAGAAAUCAAGUGACUUUGCCACAGUCACAAGCUGGGGAGGACCAGGAAUAGAACCUGAGAGAGCCCAGCUCUGGGCCUGUGUCCUGCCCACGGAGUCACACUGCCUCCAUCCUCAGGAGAGAAAGCUCCCUGCAAGAUGGACGUGGACACCGAGGAGAAGCGCCAUCGCACACGGUCCAAAGGGGUUCGAGUGCCCGUGGAGCCGGCCGUGCAGGAGCUGUUCAGCUGCCCCACUCCUGGCUGUGAUGGCAGUGGUCACGUUAGUGGCAAAUAUGCAAGACACAGAAGUGUAUAUGGUUGUCCCUUGGCUAAAAAAAGAAAAACACAAGAUAAGCAGCCCCAAGAACCAGCUCCCAAGCGAAAACCAUUUGCAGUGAAAGCAGACAGCUCCUCGGUGGACGAAUGCUACGAGAGUGAUGGGACGGAAGACAUGGAUGAGAAGGAGGAGGAUGAGGAGGAGGAGGAGGAGUUCUCUGAGGACAAUGAGGAGCAAGGGGAUGAGGAUGAAGAGGAUGAUGAGGUGGACCGGGAGGAGGAGGAAGAGAUCGAGGAGGAGGAAGAAGAGGAGGAGGAGGAUGGAGAGGAUGUGGAGGAGGAAGAGGAGGAGGAGGAAGAAGAUGAGGAAGAGGAGGAGGAGGAGGAGGAAAACGAAGACCAUCAAAUGAAUUGUCACAGUACUCGGAUCAUGCAAGACACGGAAAAGGACGACAACAAUAACGAUGAGUACGAUAACUAUGAUGAACUCGUGGCCAAGUCCUUGUUGAAUCUUGGCAAAAUUGCUGAGGAUGCAGCAUACCGAGCCAGGACUGAGUCGGAAAUGAACAGCAACACGUCCCAUAGCCUGGAAGACGACAGCGACAAAAAUGAAAACCUGGGCCGGAAGAGCGAGUUGAGUCUAGACCUAGACAGUGACGUUGUCCGAGAAACAGUGGACUCCCUCAAACUGCUGGCCCAAGGGCACGGUGUGGUGCUCUCGGAAAACAUCAACGACAGGAGCUACGGGGACAGCAUGUCGCAGCAGGACAGCAGGAAUAUGAACUACGUUAUGCUGGGCAAGCCCCUGAACAACGGGCUGGUGGACAAGAUGGUGGAGGAGAGCGACGAGGAGGUGUGCCUGAGUAGCCUGGAGUGUCUGAGGAACCAGUGUUUCGACCUGGCCAGGAAGCUGAGUGAGACCAACCCCCAGGAGCGCAGCCAGCCGGCCACCAUGGGCGUCCGCCAGCACGGCCGGCCCGAGGAUGACUUCCCGGGCAGGACGCCCGACAGGAACUACUCGGAUAUGAUGAACCUCAUGCGGCUCGAGGAGCAGUUGAGCCCCAGGUCUAGAACGUUCUCCAGCUGUGCAAAGGAGGACGGGUGUCACGAGAGAGACGAUGACACCACCUCUGUGAACUCGGACAGGUCCGAGGAGGUAUUUGACAUGACCAAGGGCAAUCUGACCCUGCUGGAGAAAGCGAUCGCCUUGGAAACUGAAAGAGCAAAGGCCAUGCGGGAGAAAAUGGCCAUGGACGCUGGGAGGAGGGACAAUGUGAGGUCAUACGAGGAUCAGUCUCCGAGACAGCUUCCCGGGGAGGACAGGAAGCCCAAGUCGAGUGACAGCCAUGUCAAAAAGCCAUACUAUGAUCCCUCAAGAACAGAAAAGAAAGAGAGCAAGUGUCCAACCCCCGGGUGUGAUGGAACCGGCCAUGUGACCGGGCUGUACCCGCAUCACCGCAGUCUGUCUGGAUGCCCGCACAAAGAUAGGGUCCCUCCAGAAAUUCUUGCCAUGCAUGAAAAUGUUCUCAAGUGUCCCACUCCGGGCUGCACAGGGCGAGGGCAUGUGAAUAGCAACAGGAACUCUCACAGAAGCCUCUCUGGAUGUCCUAUUGCUGCAGCAGAGAAAUUGGCAAAAGCCCAGGAAAAACACCAGAGCUGUGACGUGUCUAAGUCCAACCAGGCCUCGGACCGAGUCCUCAGGCCAAUGUGCUUUGUGAAGCAGCUGGAGAUUCCCCAGUAUGGCUACAGAAACAACGUCCCCACCACCACGCCGCGCUCCAACCUGGCCAAAGAGCUUGAGAAAUACUCCAAGACUUCAUUUGAGUACAGCAGCUUCGACAACCACACUUAUGGCAAGAGAGCCAUAGCUCCCAAGGUGCAAACCAGGGACAUGUCCCCCAAAGGAUAUGAUGACGCCAAGCGGUACUGCAAGAACGCCAGCCCCAGCCCCAGCCCAAGCAGCAGCAGCUACGCACCCAGCAGCAGCAGCAACCUGAGCUGCGGUGGUGGCAGCAGCAGCAGCAGCACCUGCAGCAAAAGCAGCUUCGACUACACGCACGACAUGGAAGCAGCACACAUGGCAGCCACGGCCAUCCUCAACCUGUCCACGCGCUGCCGUGAGAUGCCACAAAACCUGUCUACCAAGCCACAGGACCUGUGCUCCACGCGGAACCCCGACAUGGAAGUCGAUGAGAACGGCACCCUGGACCUCAGCAUGAACAAGCAGAGGCCACGGGACAGCUGCUGCCCAGUCUUGACACCCCUGGAGCCCAUGUCCCCCCAGCAACAGGCAGUGAUGAGCACCAGGUGCUUCCAGCUGAGCGAGGGGGACUGCUGGGACCUGCCCGUGGACUAUACCAAGAUGAAGCCCCGGCGGGUGGAUGAGGAUGACCCCAAGGAGAUCACGCCGGAAGACUUGGACCCCUUCCAGGAGGCUCUGGAAGAAAGAAGGUACCCUGGGGAGGUGACCAUCCCAAGCCCCAAACCCAAGUACCCCCAGUGCAAGGACAGCAAAAAGGACUUAAUAACUCUGUCUGGCUGCCCACUGGCUGAUAAAAGCAUUCGAAGUAUGUUGGCCACCAGCUCACAAGAACUCAAGUGCCCCACCCCUGGCUGUGACGGCUCAGGACACAUCACCGGCAACUAUGCUUCUCAUCGGAGCCUUUCAGGGUGCCCGAGAGCAAAGAAGAGCGGGAUCCGGAUAGCACAGAGCAAAGAAGACAAAGAGGACCAGGAGCCCAUCAGGUGUCCUGUCCCCGGCUGUGACGGUCAAGGCCAUAUCACCGGGAAGUACGCGUCCCACCGCAGCGCCUCAGGGUGCCCGCUAGCCGCCAAGCGGCAGAAAGAUGGGUACCUCAACGGCUCGCAGUUCUCCUGGAAGUCGGUGAAGACGGAAGGCAUGUCCUGCCCCACACCGGGCUGUGACGGCUCAGGCCACGUCAGCGGCAGCUUCCUCACACACCGCAGCCUGUCCGGGUGCCCAAGAGCCACAUCAGCCAUGAAGAAGGCAAAGCUGUCUGGGGAGCAGAUGCUGACCAUCAAGCAGCGAGCCAGCAAUGGUAUAGAAAACGAUGAAGAAAUCAAACAGUUAGAUGAAGAAAUCAAAGAGCUCAAUGAAUCCAAUUCCCAGAUGGAGGCCGACAUGAUUAAACUCAGAACUCAGGUAACAAUUACUACGAUGGAGAGCAACCUGAAGACGAUCGAGGAGGAGAACAAGGUCAUCGAGCAGCAGAACGAGUCCCUCCUGCACGAGCUGGCCAACCUGAGCCAGUCCCUGAUCCACAGCCUGGCCAACAUCCAGCUGCCCCACAUGGUAAGUGACUGAGCACGCAGCACCGGGGCCUCGAGCCACCGCAGUCCACAUCAUGACACACGUGUCUUUGUGUCAUUGUCCCAUGGUUCUUCCGGUCUUUGGAUGUUUUCGGGUACCACCCCAAAACCAUAACAUUAACUGCUAGACACAUCGGAGGGGCUACUCCCAUAAAGUAAAGUGUGCUCUGACUAGGCAACACGGCAGGAUGCUAUGAUACUGUUUGAUGCUUUUGUGAAUAUACUAUGAAGAAAAUAAAAGUUGUAUAUGAACUACUAUUUAAUAUCUCGUAGGAUCCAAUCAAUGAACAAAAUUUUGAUGCUUACGUGACUACUUUGACGGAAAUGUAUACAAAUCAAGACCGUUAUCAGAGUCCAGAAAAUAAAGCCCUACUGGAAAAUAUAAAGCAGGCUGUGAGAGGAAUUCAGGUCUGAACAGCUGCUCUAGAGAUGAAAAUCAUGCUUAAAAAAGGAUGCCUCUUGCUUUUUGCUGCUGUAAUUUACCAGAAAGUGUUCUAUAUUUAUUUCUGUUGAAACAGUGUUAUGCUUACAAGACUUCAUAAUGAUUUUAUGUCUUGCUUUAAAAAUAGUACCUGCAGAAUAGUUUUUUGAAUACAUUCACAUUUUGUACGUUUUCAUAUGAGCCGACAUAGUGUGAUAUGCCAUGUAAUGUUUAUAGCUGCUAUUGUAUGCACAUCUGGGGUAUAUAUAUUUCUGAAGAGGUAAGCUGAUCAAAAUAAAUAGAGUGUAAAUUCUUUUUAAUGCUUUAGUGAUUAAAUGUUUUAGUAUUUUGAACUGAGAUGGACAUAAAAGAAAAAGAUUUAAAAAGAAAAAAAAAACAGCUUUGAAUGGUCAUGGGGUGGCCUCCUGGCUACCUGUAGACGUUAUCAUUUGCCUCGUGUUAGAGGACUUUAUGAAACUUAAGAAAUACAUUUUGUGUGCAUAUUGUUUCAUAGCGGGAAUUGGUUGCAAAAAAAUGCUUUAUUUUUGAACAAUGCUUGGAAAUAUUAUGUGAUUUCUUUUUGUUUGUUUGUUUGUUUUAGGAGGAUGGUGUAUGGUGGGGGCAAUAAUGAGGUUUUUUGCAUUCCAAGGAAAUGGCUUAUGGAUUAACUGUAAGACAUGAAAUAAGUAAUUUAUUGUAAGACAACAUCAAGCCAUGGAAACUUGGCAGAAGAUUCAAAGCAGCUUAAACAGCACUUUUAAAUUAACUCCUAAACAUUACAUGGUGUGACUAUGGAGACUACCGUUAAGACAGAGCUGGUCAGAGGUGGACAACACGAAGAUUUCCUUUUGCAUUUUCAGUAAACCUUGGAACAACCUUCUCUUAUCUCUGCUAGAGUCCCAUGCCCCUCUGAACUGUUACCGAAACGUAGUUCACCUAAAAGAAGUUGUGUUUCCAAUUUGAGCGAAAAGAUCAUUUAAGAGCAUUUAUUUCCCCUUUACACUUUAAAAAAAAUCAUUAUUAUUGUCAUUAUUUCACAUUCGAGGAGAAAAAGGCUAGUGGCUUGUGAGUAUUCUGGUUACUGGACUGGAUUUUCUGCUGGACAGGUAGGAGAGCGGCUCAGUAAACGCAUCCCCUCUCCUCUCCCGCCCCAGCUGACUUUGAAUAAGCUUUGGACCAAUUCAGAGCUCUCUGAAAACGACGGGCGUUUCUGUUCUACCCUCCGCUGGGUCCAGUUGACCACACAGCGUUUGCAUAGCCUUGUUUGGUUUUGUGACCCAUUCUAAUAAUGAAUGCAAUCAGAUUUUAAAAGUAACUAAAUAUACUUCGGCACUUUUUUUGCUUUAAACUAGAUCAUCUUAGACUUGUUUAUACCUUGAGGAUUUGAUUGUUUUAUUCCAAAUGACUGCACUAUCUGUAUGCAUAAGACCACUUUUGAUUGCUGCGUUUGCCCUCUGAGUAGUCCUUCGACAAAUGUGUUGUGUUUCCUAAUGUUGACUUGAUUUCUUUGAGUAGCAUCUCUCCCUUCCAUGUCUUGAUGUUAUGCAGAAAGUACAAAAGUACUUUAAAAUUUUGUUAUGAAAUAAAAAAGAUGGGUUUUGUAAAAAUAAAAAAAAAAAUAUUUUUAGCAGAACAGGACUUACAGGGUCAUUGUUCACACAAUGUGCCAGUCGACUAUUUGCACUUACCUUGCCCUACAUAUCCGUACGGAGGUGUGCAAUUCCUGUGUCAGUGGCCUGGUGGCCCUGACCCUGGGUGGAUUAUAGAGGAAGCCCUCACGGCUGACCCAGCAUGGUUGCUAAGGGAGACUACAGGGAUCUCACUACAAAUAUUCUGAUACAAUACUCAACCUCGGUAUAUAUAUAUAUGUAUAAAUAUAUGUAUAUCCCAGCGGCACUUUAUACUGCUCACUGUACAAAAGCUUACAGUUUUCCACGAGGACUUUAAUAACUAGCUGGGAAAAAAAAAAAAAAAGAUUAUGUAAUUACUUUGGGGCUCUACAGUACUUUCUCUGUACAGGCGCCCCCUUUCUGUUGCGCAAGUAGUUGUAGCUGCCACGCUCAGAAUUGCCUUUUUGAAAGCUGAAGCAAGGUGCUUACCGUCACCUGUUGCCAUACACACGGUCCCGGGCGCUCGCCCCGCCUUGGGAGAGCCCCUGUUCAUAGCGGCAUAUGCGUUUCCCCACCGCGUCUUGUCUGAAGCUUCCUGGCCAAUGUAGUAAUGCUUUUAGUAGAGUAAUAGGUAGUAUCAGUUUGGAUUCUUAUUGUUAUCACCUAUGUACAAUGGAAAGGGAUUCUAAGCACAAAUUUGCUGCUCAUGUAACGUUGGUACAUAAUAUCAAAUCAAAAGUUAUCUGUGACUAUUAUAUAGGGAUCACAAAAGUGUCACAUGUUAGAAUGCUGACCUUUCAUAUGGAAUUAUUGUGACUCAUCAGAGCUUAUUUAUUAUAACUUAUUGUUCAUAUUCAUUUCUAAGUUAAUUUAAGUAAUCAUUUAUUAAGACAGAAUUUUGUAUAAACUAUUUAUUGUGCUCUCUGUGGAACUGAAGUUUGAUUUAUUUUUGUACUACACGGCAUGGGUUUGUUGACACUUUAAUUUUGCUAUAAAUGUGUGGAAUCACAAGUUGCUGUGAUACUUCAUUUUUAAAUUGUGAACUUUGUACAAACUUUGUCAUGCUGGAUGUGAACACAUCUUACUCUAAAUAAAAAGGUGUUGCCACGUUUGUAGCACGAGGGAUCUCUA